AUGGCGCCAGUCUUGCCACUGGCUCUCUGCAUCCAGCCGGCAUGCUUACAGCACAAGUAUAUCCGCCACCCCAACUCGUCGCACAUCUUUGAGCGGCCGGAGCGUAUUCGCGCCGUCCUCCUUGGUAUCGCCGCAGCCCUCUCUCGCCUCGAAACUGAGGCUGCUCUUGCACGUGCCUUGGAUAGCGCAACACCUGCCUCCCCAGGUGGGGAAGACCUGGCUUCCAUGCUCUCAGGACUGUCCAUUGCAUCGUCGUCGCCAUUCCUCCCUCCUUUGCAUGCCCACAUCAUCUCGCCGCCUCCUCUGCCCUCCUCACCUGGCCAGAUCCUCAUGCACCACCCGGCCCUUCAACUGGCACACUCGCCACCCGUCGAAGCGCCCUUUCCUUACCUCCCCAUGACGCGGGGUGCGGCCAUUCCCAGCAGCACGUAUCUGCGCGACCUGUACAAGUGGGCCAGCAACGCUGUAGAGGCGAUCAAGAACACUGGGUGCGAGAUCCCCGAUGACAUGGGCCUCAACCCUGGCGACCUCUACCUUGGCCCUGGAAGCAUUGUCGCCAUUGAGGGAUCUAUCCAGACUGUGUGUCAGGCAGUCGACGGCGUCUGCGGUUCUACCACUCCCUCACGUCCAAGUACCCCUGUCAACAGCUCCCCCGGGUCACCGUCCAGUACGAAGCCGUUGCCAGAAUUUACCAAAGCUUUCUGCGCCAUUCGUCCCCCUGGCCAUCACUGCGGUGAGGACGCACCUUCUGGCUUCUGCUACGUGAACAACGUCGUCGUCGGCGCUCUGCACGGCUACCUCCAACAUGACAUUGACCGUGCCAUCAUUAUUGACUUUGACCUGCACCACGGCAAUGGCACUCAAGCUCUCGUUAUGCCUCACAAUGCAGCGUCCUAUGCCGAAGACCUCGCUGUCAAAGCUGGUAAGCCACCCCAGAUGCGUGGGCCCAAGGGUGCCAGGCGAGGUUGGAAGGCGUUCUACGGGUCCGUGCACGAUAUUUACAGCUAUCCCUGCGAGGACGCUAGUGUCAGCCUUGCCGCCCAUGGCCAAUACAUUGAGAACAUUCAUCUCCAACCUUACGCGUCCGAGGAAGACUUUUACGAGAGAAUCUACCCGAAAUACCUUACCUUGCUCGAGAGAGCGCUGGUAUUCAUGAAGGAGACCGAGGCCGACCCGGAGAGGACAAUCCUGUUCAUCAGUGCUGGUUUCGAUGCCUGCGAGCAUGAGCACCAGGGCAUGCAGCGCCACGACCGCCGUGUCCCUGUCUCGUUCUACUCGCGGUACACGCGCGAUCUUGCAGCCUUUGCUGAUAAGCACACAAUGGGUAAGGUUGUCUCGGUCCUUGAGGGCGGCUACGGCGACCGUGCUCUCACGUCCGCUGCCAUGGGACACGCCAUCGGACUACUUGGUCAGGAAGGUGUUCCAUCGUGGUGGGAAGUUGAUGAGCUCGUCCUGCUCGAGCGGGCAGCAAAGAAACGCAGGCGCGGUAAGCUCUGUGCACUUGGCCCCGAGCUCGCAUCCAACCCUCACCUUGCGCGUACGCACGCAUUGCUGGCCCACAUGGAGGGAUCUGCGCCUCCCGAGACGCCCGCGCCCAGUACCAAUGCGACACCACAGGCGCGUAUGACUCUCCGUACGCGUCGACAGGCCACUCCCGAAGAAGAUUCGUCAGCUCCAUCGAGCACCACUCGUCGUCCACGGGCCAAGCCAAAUGUGACACCGACGCCGACGCCACUGCGCAAGGGAGCAAGUGAGACGGCUAGUGAGGUGCCAGUCCAACUGGUGCCAAAGCCAGCAGGCGCGUCUGUCAAGGCCGUAACCGAGCUGCCAGCCGAACUUCCACCCGCGGUCAAAGUGAUCUCAAAAGUGGAGUUCGUUACCGUUCCUGCCAUUCCAGACCUGAUCGUCAAGGACGACACGCUUGACGUGUAUCCUUCUCCGGCCCCGUCCGCACCCUCACCUACGACACCCAUUGAGACCCCCCGUAACUCAACACCGCCAACAUCAUCUGAGGCUGCCACUGAGCGGAUUGUGCUGCGGAUCCCGCGGCUCACGCCAUCCUCAUCGCCCCCGGCCGAGGACAGAGGUCUGAUAGAUUCGGCCAAUUUGGCCGCCCAGGUGUCGUCGUCAACGUCGGCAUCCAUUGCCUCACCAACAGUUGUGCCGCCGGUUCCACGCGUUGUCGGCCCCUCUGUGCCCGCACAACCGCUGAACCACCGAGCGUCGGCUGCCACUGCCCCUACUCCCCGCCCGAUGACAUUCCGUCCUGGCGCUAUGGAACCCGUCUUGCUGCCUCCAUCGCCGGCACGGGCGCCAGUGCACUCGACAACGCCACAGACAUGGCAGCACUCUCAGCCGCAUCCUUCCUAUCCGCGCCCCUUCGCUCCACAGCAAGACUACGCACAGCCCCAACCACCGUUCCCUAAACCACUGUACCCGCAGCAGCAGUAUCAGAUGGCCCAGUAUUCUCUACAACCCCCUUCUUCGGGGGCGUUGUACCCGUCACUUCCUGUGCCCACAGUGCCAGUGCUUCCAGCCGCGCCCCGACUCCAGACCAUGGGUGCAGGUGUGGACGGCGCUCCACAGCGUGACGGUCCACCAGCGUAUGUCGAUCGCGACGCGACAACCAACGCCACAGUCCCUCCCGACCCUGCGCCACGGACUUGA